GGGAGUUUCCCGCCUUUUCGCCUUUUCCCGCCUUCCCCACCUUUUCUGCCUUUCCCGCCUUUCUCGCCUUUCCCGCCUUUCCCGCUGCACACGUGUUUGUAAAGGCCCGUUGGAGGUUGCGUAUCGGCGCGCGGAAUUGAGUCGGCCGCUGCGCAUGCGGGGGAUGCGCCUCUUGCCUGUGCAAGGAAAAUUUUGAGACGCGGAAGCGAUGACGUGUCAAUGAUCUAUCAAUCCGUUGGGAUCGGUAUCAGGUUUCGCCGGCGCCAGAGGGAUCUGGUCUGUAUAGGGUCGGCGGCGAGACUCCGACAAGGAGCAAGUUUUGGGAGCGAGCAUUGCAUGCGAGAGUGGGGGACUUAGGAGAGAGUCUCGUCUCUCCGGAAACCCGGGGGUGGUUUUGGCAUGGCAGCCACGAGAGAGCGUUUCAAGAUGGGAGCUGGUGCGGUGUGGAGAGGAGAAAUUUCAUUGCCAUCAGAUUCCAUCUGAUUUUCAUGCGAUCAAUGGAUUGGAUGGAAAUCAAUGGGCUAUUGAACCGGGCAUGGAGGAGUCAAAGCAGACCGUUGGAAGCUUAGGUGCUUAGACUGCCUGGAAGGCGUGUGAUCUAAAAUACGGCACGAGGGAGAGAGAGAGAGAGAGAGAGAGAGAGAGAGAGAGAGAGUGCUGAGAGGUGAGGAGGAAGGGUGCUCCUGUUGGCAGUGUGUUUUUGUUAAUUUGCCGUCUGGGAAGGCGGGCAAAGAUGCAGGUGUUAUUGUGAGAGAUCAAAACCUCGCCCCGUGCCUGUCUUGCUCCAUUCCUCCUCGUGGUCGUCCUCCUCCCCCUCCCUUCCGCCUCCCUCCUUUGGGUUGUCUUCAUUUUGCUUCACGUGGCGAGGUGGGUUCUGGUUGGAGGUCCGUGUACAUCUUGUUCUUCUUCUUUGUCUUGUUGUUGUUGUUGUGUAGUGCACUGGUCCAUCUGACAGAUAGAAACCCAAGUUUGCCUCGUCCUCCUUCACAUUCUUCUUUUUGUUGCAAGUAGCAUGUUUUGAUCUGAUCGUCAUCCUCCUCCUCCUCCUCCUCCACAUCAACAUUCUUCUUUUUGUAAGUAGGUGGUCUCGUUCUGAGGGAUAGAGACCCUGCCCGAGCUCACCACCUCCUCCUCCCGGCUCUUCUCGGUUCUCCUGCUCAUUAUUCUUUCCAUUGGCAGGUGAAUUCGGGUGAAGGGUCGUGGGUACACGAUCACUAUCUUUUCCUCCUCCUCCUCCUCCUCCUGCUGCUGCUGCUGCUACUUGCGAGGUGCACGGGUUUAUCUGAGAAAUAGACACCCUAACAGCCGAGUUCUCCUCCUCCUCCUCCUCCUCCUCUUCCCUCUUCUUCUUGGCGUGGUAGGGUGGGAAAGAGGAGGCUGGUGUGCUGUUCAUCACCUCCGUCGUCAUCCUCAUUUUGAUUGUCCUCAUCAUCCACGUGUCCUCGCUGUCCUUUUCCUUCUGAGUUUGUGAGGAAAGCUGGGAGCUAUGGCGGGCCCUUCUUCAGCUGUUGUGCAGGUGGACUACUCCCACAGCCUACUCCAUGCUGCUAUUGUGCGCAAGGACUAUGCGGCUCUCCGCCGCAUUUUGGCCGCGCUUCCGAAGCCAACGGCAGCAAGUGUCAAGACUGAAGAAGAGUCCAUCGCGAUGGAGAAGCGCGCAGAGGACGCAUCUCUGGUUCUGGAUAAGCGCGACGUGAUUGGCGGGGAGACCCCUCUUCACCUCGCGGUGAGAUUAGUUGAUCCGCAGGCGGUGGAGCUGUUGAUGGCGGCUGGUGCUGAUGUCAGCUUGCAAAAUGAGGCGGGGUGGACGGCGCUUCAAGAGGCUGUGUGUAAUGGGGAACAAGGCAUUGCCACCAUCAUCAUGCGGCAUUACCAAGUCCAGGCAUGGGCGAAGUGGUGCAGGAGGUUGCCACGUCUGUCUGCGACGAUGAAACGGAUGCGAGACUUUUAUAUGGAAGUGACAUGGAAUUUUGAAAGCUCUGUGAUCCCAUUCAUCGGGCGAAUUGCUCCUUCUGAUACAUACAGGAUAUGGAAACGUGGGGCAGCAUUGCGGGCAGACAUGACACUUGCAGGUUUUGAUGGGCUGAGAAUCCAGAGAUCAGAGCAGACUUUCUUGUUUUUGGGCGAAGGAAGCAAGGAUGGCAGGCUACCUCCGGGGACUGUUUGUAUGCUGGCGCACAAGGAGAAAGAGGCUGUUGAUGCUCUCGAGGGAGUUGGUUCUCAGCCUAAUGAAGCAGAGCUGGCACAGGACGUUGCAGCAAUGUUUCAAACCAAUGUGUAUCGCGCUGGAAUUGACGUAACUGAAGCAGUGCUUUCGCCACAAACAAAUUGGAGAAGACAAGAAAGGGUGGAGUCAGUGGGAUCGUGGAAAGCAAAGGUCUAUGAUAUGCUUCAUGUGCAAGUAAGUUUCCGCUCUCGGCGCGUUCCAGGGGCCUUGUCAGAUGAAGAGCUGUUUGCAGGUGAUGCGGAUGAUGCUGCUUUAGCGAAUGGAAAUGACUAUGAUGAGGACAAUUUUUCUGAGAUCCUCACGGAGGACGAGCGCAAGCAGCUUGAGGCGGUGCUGCGCUCCGAUGAGAAUGAGGAGUGCGGUGUCCGAGAUGGUGGAGGGGAGCCGUCAUGCGCAAGUGGGUCUGGGACGUGCUGUGGGGAGACGAGCUCGAAUAGCUCGUCGCUUCAAAAUUCCAUGAUGACGAAUGGGGAUGUACAGGAGGAGGAUGUUGGUAAAGAUAAGGAGAAGGAGAGGGAGAAGGAAAGUAAGAAAGCUUGGUUCUCGUGGGGAAAGAAGGAGAAGAACGGGAAGGGUGGGGGAGGAGGGAGUGGGGGAGGUGCUGGGAGCAAGGGGGCUACACCAACUGGCAAGUCCCCAGCCCGUUGGAAACGGCAUGCGGAGGAUGAGUACAGGCUUAUUGACGAUGGCGAAGAGAGCAACGGUGAGACCAAUUCUGUGAAUGGAGGGGCUGCAAGUGAUGGUUCCAUUCACCGAACUUCAAACGGGGCUCUCGACAGCCACUCAGAGAGUCGUAAAGGGGGUUCAAGACCGUCAUCGUCAAGUCCUGAAAGCGAGUACGUCAAAGGGUUGAAGCCGACAUUGUGGUUGACCGAUGAUUUCCCUCUCACAGUUCAGGAGCUGUUGCCGCUGCUCGAUCUCAUGUCACCACGUGUUAAGGCGGUCAGACGCCUACGAGAGCUGCUCACCACAAAGCUCCCCACAGGAAGCUUUCCUGUGAAGGUUGCGAUACCGAUUGUCCCAACAAUUCGGGUUGUUGUUACAUUUGCGAAGUUUGUAGACGAGUCAGUGAUCAAGGCUCGUUUGGAAGGAAAGAGCGGUUUGAGCACGCCAAUCGGCAAGGCAAAGAAAGCCGCUGCAGAAAUUUCGACCCCUGCAGCAAGUAGCUCCUCAUCAGGCUCUUCUUCCUCGUGGCUAUCGUGGCUGAGGACGGCAACCAGUAGCAGUCAUUCAUCAGGCUCGCCAACUGCCAAUGGGAAGGCAGAAGAUGCGGACCAGGGCAUACACCUGGACGAGGAUGUGUUCAAGAUACCAACAGAGUAUAAAUGGAUUGAUUUACCGGAGCGCAGGAGGCGGCAGGAAAAGAGGAAGAAGGCAAGUAAGAAGAGCAAGGACAAGAAAGAGAGUGGGAAAGAAAGAUGGGAGUGAUUUGAGGUGAGAGCUUCUGCGAGAGAGAAUGAAAUGGUUUCAAAACGAAUCGAAAGGACGUUCAACCGCGGGUUGGUGAAUGCUGUGCUGCAAGGUAUUGCUGCCGGUGGAGUAUGCGAAUGCAAAGCACUUCGAUGUUGGUGGACUUAUGGGAGAGUCCCAAGAGAUGGAGUCUGAUUUUGUGAGAUGGUUCUCCCGCAGGUGCGUGACCUUAUAUAUGCAUUAAUGGGUGGUCCUGUCUUUAAGUAAAGGGGCUGCGUCGUGUCGUCGGAAUGGUAUAGCACCAGCCAAAUGGUUGCUUUUCUUGAGGUGGGGUGUUGGAAACACUUGAGUUGGUAUAGCAGAUUGUGGAUUUGAACGGUAAGUUGAAUCGCUGGGUAUGUUGGGGGUUGGGGGGGGGGGGGGAGAGAGAGAGAGAGAGAGAGAGAUGUAGAACUGAUACAUGUUUUUUUCAUAGAGAAACAGGUUCCCAGGACAGCACUGAAACCCUUGUUGUUGUUCAGUACCACAAAUGCUGCUUUCUAUAGUUUCCUUGACAUCAUUACCUCGUUCCGCUGUCAUUUUGUUGUUCUUUAGUUGUUACAAGGAUAGUCGUUGGGGAAAAGCAGGGUUUUCACACCCCUUUCCUUUUUGUUUUCUUUUUUGGGUUCUACCCAUCCCUCUUCUUACUUACCGAGCUCAAAUUGUGCUGGGCAGAUCCCGUUGUGAGUUGGUUGUUGGUGAAUGACAGGAUUCAUCAUACACAACUGUUUCUCAUUUGAAGGCCCAAAGGUGGCACAGCCUGAUGGCAGGAAAGUUCAGUAUGCCGCAAUAGAACAUUCAGAGGAAGCUUCGUACCCCUUGCGAUGAGGGAGUGGUCAGAUGUAUAAAUGCAGACAGCAAUGGAGCACUUGGGGCAUGGCAAGAUACCACAGGGUUUUGAAGAGAGAGAGGAAGAGAGAGAGAGAGAGAGAGAGAGAGAGAGAGAGAGAGAGAGAGAGAGAGAGAGAGAGAGAGAGGGAAUGUAAGUUUGUGUAUUCAUCGACGACAAAAUUCUUUUGAUGCUUUGUAGAGAGAAGCUUCUGCAUAGAGAGAGCUUCGAUCGGAGGGGAGGGCAAUCUGAGGCUGGUCUUGUUCAAGAAUGACGUAGAAAGGGGGAUUCUCCUGAGUUUUAUUGAGAAUCGAAAUCCGGAUCCAGAAUGAUUGCGACAUUUUGGUUCCUGGGAAUCGUGCGUGUUUUUUGUCUUGGGCUGAAUCCAUCCUUCUGGAGGUGGGGCUGAAAAAAGAAGAGUUUUGUGCCUCGACUGUGGAGUUGCCCAGAGCUUUUGACGUAGAAAGGGCUCCCCACUCAAGAGGGGGUAAUCCGAGGCUCUGAUGCCACGGAGGAAGUUUUACGCGGGGGCUGGCGUUGACCUGUCAGGCAUAGUGGGCACUGAGAAGGGCCUUUUGUGGCCGCUAGCUGAAUCUAUAUCCUUUUGGUGUAUGGGGGUGAGAAAGAGAAGCAGGGACUGGUCUCCUUGAUUGUAGUAGGAGCAAACUUGGCCUAUGCGGAAAACAGCAACGGGCUGGGGGGGGGUUGAGGCGCCGUUGAUCUGUGACUCAAGAUCUUCUAAGGCCCAGCCCACCUUGUUUGUGAGAGCCAUGAUGUUUCUCGUCGCAGGAAGAGUGCUUCGAAUGAAAUUGAGUUUUUCUUCCGUGUGUCGGCUCUUUGUGACACUGGCCGGGUCAGGUAAAAAAUUUGUAGGCUUAAUUAGGAAAUAUCUACCUCUCAAUACGUUUAGAGUCUUUGGACGGUAAGUGCCGGUGCUGUAGUGUUUGUUUUAUGACAGUGUCCGAGCGGAUAUAGGACGUGUCCGUGGUCGUUUGUGCUCCCUUUAGGUUUCUUUGGGGCUUUUCAGGCCUUGGCAACCUUGUAGACUGGAUCAUCCAUGGUCUGAAAGAGUCGUGAGUCCAUGCGAGCGAGUCUCGCAAGUGAAGCAGGGAAGUUUGCUCUUCAUCAUUUAUCCACUCAUUCAAAGUGAGACUGACGGUGCUUAAAAGUCGCAUUUCCUUGCCCUACGUAUACGGGGUCUCUAUACAGACAGGGUCAAGUAGAGCAUCUGUAGGCUUAAGUAGAGUCCUUGGACACUUGGUAGUGUGCUGUGGUGGUGGGUUUAUGCUAGUGUCGGAGCGACGUAGGACAUGUCCGUCGUCAGGUGUUUCCUUCAGCUUUCCUUGAGGGUUUUCGGGCUUUUGCAGCCUUGCAGUUUUGGAUCCUCUAUGGUCUGAAAGAGAAGAGACUGAAUGCAUGCGAAUCUGGCAAGUGUGCGUAGACUUCGAUAUAUUUGUACCUUUGCUUCGUUGCUUGCUUGGUUCCUUUGCGGCUUUGCCCCCAGAGCAGUCAAUCCUUUGCGGUUUUUCCGUUUCCGCUUCUGCACUCAGACAAAAAGAAAUGCGGACGGGAGGAAUCGAAAGCUGGGGUUGGUGUUGGAGAGGGGGAAAGCUAUGAUGUGGAAUCGUUGCUGAUGUUGUAUCUCUGCAUCUGACGGCCGUUGGCCUGAAGAGAUAUAUAGUGAAACAAAUAAACUAUCUUUUUCUUCGGAAGAGAUAUAUAGUGAAAGAAAUAAACUAUCUUUUCCUUUGGAUGUGGUUGGCACAUGAAUGGAGAGCCACUAACUAGUCUUUAAACCCUUGCUAACCGCCUCUGCAGGGAAAAGCUUGAGUGAUUGGUUGACUGUUGGUUUGUGUCCUUUAUUCAGGCGGACUUACUUAGUCAGGGCUUGUCAAGAAACAGAGCCAGAAGUAAGAGAAAGGUAUGGCAUCCUUUCUUCUCACCGUUUACUUUCUUCCUUAUCUUACAUAUACUGGACCUUGAGCUUAACCUCGCCUCUCCUCUCCUCUAAACCCCGAGUUAAAAUUUUCUAUUUCUGGAAUGUCAUAGUUACCUAGUCAGGGUAGAUCAACAAACAGAGCCAGAAGUA